GGGAGUGAGAGAGACGGCGCGUUGUUUUGGUUCGCAACUCGUGCCUGUUCCCAAACACUGUCAAAGUUUGCUGUUUUCUAGUUCGUGUCAGCACGAACCCCACUCCAAAAUCAUGUCAGAUAUUACUCUAAACACAUGUAGUAUUCCCGUGAAGACCAGCAGGCCGCAGAAGAGACCAAAUCAAGAUGGAACUUGGGGCGGUAAGAGAGGAAAAGUAUCUAAAUGGUCGAAGAGUGGCAAAGGAAAACAAAUAGAAAAAAAGCCGUUUAAGAGGAAAGAGGAACCUCAGUCCGAGGAUGAGGAUGAGAAUGAUGUGGAUUUCGAAGUGGUCAAACCUAAAGAUGUUGAAAGUGAAGACGAACAAGUAAAUGACGAAUCGACAGACCAACCUGCCAAUCGACCCGUCAGUAAAACCGCAGGAGCUGUGACUGCUUUAUUUAAAGAUGUUGAAGACAUUCCUUUCAUGGAGCAUAAAGAUGUUACUCCUGUCGCCGAGAGUGUGUUUUCUGCUCAGCUUAUUCACGAUAUGCCAAUUCACCCUCAUUUAAUUGCAAAUUUAGAAAAGAACAUGGGUAUGUCUAAAGUGACAACUGUCCAGCGUUUGUCUUACCCUGUAAUUAUGAGCGGAAAAGAUACUCUUGUGCGCUCUCAGACAGGAAGUGGUAAAACUAUAGCAUACGCCUUACCCAUAGUAGAAACUUUGCAGAAAAUAAGACCAAAAUUGCAAAGGUCUGAUGGAGUUCGGGCUGUGGUGAUUGUCCCGACACGAGAACUUGCUCUACAGACAUAUGAAUGUUUUGUAAAACUUUUGAAGCCAUUUACGUGGAUUGUGCCUGGCUAUUUAGUUGGUGGUGAGAAGAAGAAAUCUGAAAAAGCCCGUUUAAGAAAAGGAAUUGCCAUUCUGGUGGGCACUCCGGGACGAUUAUUAGACCAUGUUGAAACUACCAAAAAUCUUGUUCUGGACAAAGUCCAGUGGUUGGUUAUUGAUGAGGCUGACCGUUUACUGGAUAUGGGUUAUGAAAAGGAUGUGGCAAGUCUUGUUAGGUCUUUAAAUGAGCAACAGUAUGGUAAUCCAGAAGGGGAGAAGGAACGGUUUCAUCCCUUAGAUGUUGAUGCACCUGAAGUUAAGCCAAGCCUCCUGGAGUUGGCGGGACGGAAUAAUGUGAAAAGACAAACAAUUAUGCUCUCGGCCACUAUGAGUGCUUCUGUUGACCGGCUGGCAGGUCUAACUUUAAAGCACCCUAAAUUUGUUGAUGCUGCAACUGUGAAUGAAGAUGGUGAAGAAGGUGACAUGGAAUUGAUUGAAAAAGAUCUAGUCAUACCUGAGAGUCUAAGUCAAUGGUAUCUUCUCAUUCCACCUAAGCUAAGACUAGUAACACUUGCAUCUUUUAUUGUUUGGAAAUGUAGAAUGUCUCAUGAAAGAAAAAUGCUCAUAUUUUUUGCUACUCAAGACAUGGUAGAUUUUCACACUGAGAUGCUAUCUUCGGUCCUUGGGACCCGUGAAAAGAAAACUGGAGAAGUUGAUGACGACUCUGAUCUUGAAGAUGAAUAUGGUUUACUCAAGAAGAAAGAUGAAGAUGAAGAAGAUGAAAAAGAUCCGAGUUUAGUGGACAUUGAUUUUUUCAAACUCCAUGGAAAUAUGACUCAAAAAGAAAGAACUGAUGUUUUCAAAACAUUUAGAAGUGCCACCUCAGGGGUUCUCCUGUGCACAGAUGUUGCUGCUCGAGGUUUGGAUCUUCCUCACAUCGACUGGAUUGUACAGUACACUGCACCCCCAACAGCUGCUGACUAUGUCCACAGAGUUGGACGAACUGCUAGAGUGGGAACAGCUGGUUCAGCUCUCAUCAUACUAGCCCCUUCAGAGUCUACUUUUAUUUCACAGCUUGAAGACCGUAAAGUCAAAAUAAAGGAGGAGGGCUUAGAGCUCUGCCUACAAAGUCUCGUUCCCACCAUGGCGGUUUCACAUCCAGGCUUACUCAAGAUGCGGAAGGGCGCCACGGAGCUCGCCGCCACCAAGCUGCAGCUCCGCUUCGAGGACGCCGUGACCGGCCGCAAGGAGCUGCACGAUCUCGCUUGCAAAGCCUACGUGUCGUUCGUCCGGUUCUACGCCAGCUACCCAGUGGACGCGCGCGCCGUGUUCAACUUCAAGGCGCUGCACCUGGGCCACUACGCCAAGAGCUUCGCGCUCAAGGACGCGCCCUCGCAGAUCGGCGGCCUGGGCAAGAAGCAGUGGCUGGACCGCGGCAAGGCCAAGGCGGGCCACGGCGGCCAGGGCGGCAGGCCGUCUGGAGGCCCUCGCCACGCCGGCGGCGACUGGCAGCAGCAGCGGCAGCAGCGGCCCCGGGGCGGACCGGGUUCGAGCCGCGGGCUGGCGGGCGGCAGGGGCACUGGCAAGAUCAUGGACGGCAAGCCGGGCUCGGGCGCGGCCAUGAAGAGCACGCAGGCGGUGCACAGCAAGCCCUCCCCCUUCGGCGUCAAGGUGUCCGAGGCCAGGGCCACCAAGAUGGCCAUCUCGGAGUUCUCCAGCGGGCUGGCGCCGAGGAAGAGGAAGAAGAAGGAGGAUUGAGCGGCUUUUGUUGUUUUUGGUUGGGCUGGACGCGGACGGAAAAGAAUCAGAUUAUUAUUUUUAAUAAAAGACCGUCACUGUUACAGAA